UACUAUCAGCGGCACACAGAGAGCCGAUCACCGGGACCAGCGACGCGCCAGUCGCCAGCACCACGUCCACCUCGAGGUGCUCUUCGGUCAGCGCCCAGCCCGUCGUCGGCCCCAGGAUGGCGCGGUACUCGAUGCUGCCCGUCGAGCUGCUGGCGCUGCUGGCGCUGCUGCCGCUCGCCCUGGCGCGCCCGGAGGACGCCGUCAGCGCCGCCCGCCCACGACGGCCCACCUCCGCCCCCGCCGAGUUGCAGAACUGGACUGUCUGUGAGGAGCAGUGCGCCAAGGAGCCCUGCAGCCAGUGCGACGAAGAAGACAUAUUCUGCCCAGGCCUGUGCGAGGACAGCUGCGUGUGCGGCUGCGCCGGCCACCCCGCGGGCAGCGGGAACUACACUCUGACCGUCGAGUACAUGAGCGCGCUCGAGGGGUGCUCCGUCAAGUGCGUCGCCUCGGCAGACGAGUGUGCGAGGGACUGCAGAGGGCUGAAUAAGGACUGUGAAAACGCGUGCUGGGUGGACAAGUUCAAGUGCGAUUGCGACUGCUUGGACGAGGCCCAAGCCGCCGUCACGCCGUCACUGUCGAUGACGUCUUGCAUAUUUGGAGGAGUAUUGUUCUUAUUUAUUACUGUGGUGUUUGUUGGUCUUACAUGGCUUAAAAUAAAUAAUAAAAAGUAGAUCAUGUAAUACAGAAAAUACACAAUUUCAUCCA